AUGCUCCAUGUUGAAAAUUCUGUGAUUGUUGAACUUAGUGAACCAUGGAAGGAUGCUCUUAUUGUGAAACUAUUGGGAAAAUCCUUGGGUUACAACACCAUGAAGGCUAAACUUGAGAUUGUGUGGAAACUCACAGGAGGUUUUGAAUUGAUGAACGUUGGUAACUCUUACUACAUGGUUAAGUUUGAUGGGAUGGAAGACAAAAAUAAAGUGAUUAAUGGAGGUCCUUGGAUCAUCUCUGAUCAUAUUUUGGCAGUGAGUCAAUGGUCUCCAACAUUCAACGCCACAACUGCAACGAUAGACAAAACUAUGGUUUGGAUCCGAAUAUCGAGUUUAAAUCUUGUUUAUUAUGAUGAGAGCCUUCUUUGGGCGCUAGGAUCUAUGGUCGGUACUCCUGUCAAAGUAGAUCUUCAUACUCUGAAAGUGGCUCGGGGUAGAUUCGCAAGAAUGUGCGUUGAAAUUGAUCUCACGAAACCGGUCGUUGGUCGAGUUGGUAUUAAUGGGGAUUGGUGCCAUGUGCAAUAUGAAGGUCUCUAUAUCAUAUGUACACAGUGUGGAUGCUACGGCCACGUCUUGCAAGAUUGUUCAAUGAAAAAAAACAGUGUACCGACGGAGAAAAUGAAAAAUUCCGACGAAGUUGACGACGUCGGAGGUGCUACUGUUACUGGAGAAAAAACGGUGGAAAAAGAAAACGUAAAUCAUGGAGUAAUUAAUGUUGAGAUCCCUGCUAAUUCGGUUCCAUCCGUUGGGGAAUUAAUACCUGAUUUAUUGCAUGGAGAAUGGAUUAAAGUUGAGAGAAGAAAUAGGAACAAGCAAAUGAAUGCACGUGGUUUUAAUGGACAGGCUGGUAAUGGGCAAAGUCAACAAUCUAAAAAUCCUAUUCUUAACAUGGUGGAGAAAUUGAAUAAACAAUAUCCACCCCAUAAAAGCAACGUGAAUGAAAGUGGCUCACCUAGUUACAAAAACCGGUCCUCCUAA